GAAAGGACAAAUUUCUGUCGUUGGCGCAAAAAUUUUCGAGGCAAUGUUCUUCUAACGUAAAUCCUAAUUCUCCCUCACAUUUCUUGAUUUAUUCUUUCUUAAUCUCUUUCUUUCUUUUGUUAUCUGCGUUUCGAUUUUUGAGGAAGAUAUGUGGGAACCGAUUUGCUUAACUUUGGCCGCCGCUGCCGGCAACAAUAUCGGCAAAAUACUUCAGAAGAAGGGCACCGUCAUUCUUCCUCCUCUCUCUUUCAAGCUCAAGGUGAUAAGGGCUUACGCUUUUAACAAAACUUGGAUCAUUGGUUUUCUGAUGGAUAUAUUCGGAGCCGUUUUAAUGUUGAGAGCGCUAUCCCUCGCCCCUGUUUCUAUAAUUCAACCAGUUUCUGGGUGUGGACUUGCCAUCCUCUCUAUUUUUUCACAUUUUUAUCUGAAGGAAAUUAUGAAUGUUGUCGAUUGGAUGGGGAUUUUGCUUGCUGGUAUUGGCACCAUAGGGGUUGGUGCUGGAGGCGAGGAGCAAAAGGCCUCUGCGAUAUCAGUUUUUCAUUUGCCAUGGCUAGCAUUCAUCAUGACCAUCUUGUUUGUUCUUCUAAAUGGCUGGCUUCAUUUCUACAAACGUCAAAGGAGAGAACAAGAGUUGAUGGAAUUUGAAGUUGUUGAAGAAAUAAUAUACGGCUUGGAAUCUGGCAUUUUGUUCGGGAUGGCGUCUGUAAUAUCAAAGAUGGGAUUCUUAUUCUUGGAGCAGGGUUUCCACCAAAUAUUGGUUCCCAUAUGCAUCUUGAUAAGUAUUUGUUGCAGCGCUACAGGAUUUUACUAUCAGACUCGGGGACUGAAACAUGGGAGAGCAAUUGUGGUUUCUACAUGUGCCGCAGUGGCAUCCAUCGUCACUGGUGUCCUUGCUGGCAUGCUCGCCCUGGGUGAAGAAUUGCCCUCGUCACCAACUGGUCGCCUUUUCCUUCUGCUGGGAUGGCUGCUAAUCAUCAUAGGUGUUAUUCUGCUUGUGAGUUCCUCACGUCUGAUCCGACGUCUUACUUGGCUAUACCGGCGCUUUAAGCGAAAUGGUGUUGAUAGGAACUUCGGGCAUAGAUCUGGAUCAGGUGUCCGCUUAAGAGAUUCGAGCCCAAGUGCAAUCAUUCAGACAACGACGUUGCAAAAUUUGUUAUCUUCAAAAGCAAAGGCUGACGCUUGAUGAAAACCACGAAGACAGGCAGAGAGUUCAUUUCAUGUAUAGAAAAUACUCAUAUGGGAGAAGAAGAACCAGGUAUGAUGAAACCGUAUAUACGGAUCUGAGUUGGAAUUUGGAAAUGCACUCCACUUUCUCAUGGGUGUACUUUUUUUAAUGUGAUUUUUCUUUUUUCUUUUUAGAUUAUACAUUCUUGCUUAGGUACGGUACGACUUACUGUGAAUUCCCAUUGGAUUUGAUUGUUUCAAUGUUGAAGACCAUUUUCCUAAUAUUCAUUUACCCGUUUCAAUAAAUAUAUAAGUUCUGAAAA